AUGGAGGAGAGGAUGGAAAGGGAGGGGCCGAGCAAGAGGGGGAAGAGCGGGAAGGACAGCAAGAAGGGGGAGGAGGAGGACGCAGAGAACCUUCGCUUCGAGGACCCCUUCUCGGACGAAGAGGAGGACGAAGACUUCGAGAUGGUAGAGGACGAGGAGGACGAGGAGAUGAUGGAUGAAGAAGGGGGCAAACCCGAGUACAAGGUUUUCAUUCCCGGCAAGGACAAGAAAGAGAACGAGAACCUCGUCGUGGACAACAGCACCUACGAGAUGCUGCAUCGGAUGAACGUUGAGUGGCCGAUGUUGUCCUUCGACUUCAUUCCUGACAGCCUCGGGCAGCAGAGAACGAAGUUCCCGAUGACCGCGUUUGCGGUGGGAGGCACACAGGCCGACGAUGCAGCGAAUGACAAACUCGUCCUGAUGAAGAUGACGCAGCUGCAUCGAACCAAGCACGACGACGACUCUGGCUCUGACUCCGACAGCUCCGAGGGCAACGACGACGACCUGGACGACGACCCAGAGCUGCAGCACAUCUCCAUCAAACAUCAGGGAUCUGUCAACAGAAUCAGGAACAUGCCGCAGAAGGGAGGUGUUGUAGCGACCUGGUCGGCGGAAGGAAAAGUUCACAUCUGGGACCUAACAAAACCUUUCGAACUCCUCGAGAAAUCCCCGACCCCCCCAGUCUCCCACAAAUGCGAGCCUGCCUUCACUCUUGGCAAGCACAAGGAUGAAGGAUUUGCCAUGGACUGGUCAAAGGUCGUGGCAGGAAACCUCGCAAGCGGAGACUGCAAGAACACUAUCUGCCGAUGCAAGUACGCGGAGGGAGGAUGGGAAGCCGAUGGAGGACCGUACAAGGGUCACACGGAAUCAGUGGAAGACAUUCAGUGGAGCCCGUCAGAGGCUGAGGUCUUUGCCUCCUGCUCCGUGGACAAGACGAUCAGGAUAUGGGAUGGAAGGAAGAGGGAUUCAUCUGCGCUGUCUGUGAAGGCAUCGGAUUGUGAUAUUAAUGUAAUUACAUGGAACCACAAGAAUGGACAACCUGUCGCGAACUUCGACUGGCACGCCGAGGCGAUCACAUCGAUCGAAUGGUGCCCUGACCAGCCGUCUGUCAUCGCUGCCUCUGCUGCAGACAAUCAGCUCACCUUGUGGGACAUGUCGCUAGAGAGAGACGCCGAAGCAGAGGCCCAGAUGAUCGCCGAGGGCAUGGCGGUCCCGGAGGUACCUCCCCAGCUCAUCUUCAUCCACCAGGGGCAGAAAGACAUCAAGGAGAUUCACUGGCACCCCCAGUGCCCUGGCGUGUUGGGCUCGACGGCAGCCGACGGGUUCAACAUCUUCAAGACCAUCAACUCGUAG